AUGUACAAUAGAUCUUAUGAUGAUCCAUUGGGGAUGAGGGAUGAAUUUAUAGCCGGUGUCUAUGCUUUUGUUGAAUACGCAAAGUCACUUGAGGAUUUUACAAUUCAUGGUGUGGUUAGGUGUCCUUGUGUUAAAUGUAAAUGUAUGAAUUACGAGACCCCAGAGCUUGUUACGCUUCAUCUUUAUGAAAAAGGCUUUAAAAGUAAUUAUACAGUGUGGACUAGUCAUGGGGAAACACACAACAAUUUUGGUAGAUCUCAGAACUUUGAAGUCGGUGAAAGUAGUAGGAGGGUAGAACGUAAUGUCCAAAAUUCUAGAAUGCACGACAUGGUUCAGGAUGCAUAUGGCAUGCAUUCGGAUUUUGAAUCUGGUGGCCAUGUUGAAGAAUCUCCCAAUGAUGAGGCCAAACGUUUUUAUGCAAAGUUAAAUCAAGCUAGCCAACCCUUAAAAGAUGGGAGUCCGCACUCUCAAUUGUCUGUCGCCGAUAGAUUGUUGAGUAUCAAAGCAGAUAACAAUGUUUCUGAAGGGGCAAUGGAUCCUUUCAUUGACUUCAUGCAUGAAUUAGUUGACUCCACUCUAGAGAUACCCGAUAAUUACUAUAAGGCAAAGACAUUGGUGUCCAAGUUGGGACUCUCGUCGGUAAGAAUUGAUUGUUGUGAAAAUGGUUGCAUGUUAUACUAUAAGGACGACAUCGGUCUAGAAUCUUGUAAGUUUUGUAGUAGUAAUCGGUUUAAGCAGACUCGCAGUGGGAAGAGAGUUUUUAUUAAGGAGAUGCAUUAUUUACCACUUAUACGAAGGUUAAAGAGGUUGUAUGCAUCUAAUAGUUCCACCCCUCAUAUGAGAUGGCACAGUGAAAAUAGAAGGCCACCGGGUGUUAUGUGUCAUCCAUCUGAUGAUGAGGCUUAG